CUAAGAAUUUAUCAGCAAAAAAACUUCAUGCUUAUGUAAAUACUCGCUGUACUUUCUAUCUUGUUCUCCCACUAUUCGAAUAUCAUAUAUCUUAUUAACGUCGAUUCAAUAUUAAAUUUAACCAGUUGCUUUCCAACAUUCCAGUUGAACAGUACAUUUUACUUGUUUAAUAUUAAAGUAAAUUUAAAUUAUGGUUUCAAUGGCUACUGUUGCAUUGCCAAAUGGUGCUAAAAUUCCUCUUGUUGGUUUAGGAACUUGGUUGAGUGAUACACCACAACCAUCCAAGGAAGCUAAAAAAGUAUUUGAAGAUGGUUUGGAUGCUGCAUUAGAAGCUGGAUAUCGUCAUAUUGAUACAGCAGCAGUUUAUGAUACAGAAAAAACAAUUGGAAAUGUUUUAAAAAAAUGGCUAGACUCUGGGCGUAUCAAGAGAGAGGAAUUAUUCAUUGUUACCAAGCUUCCACCGUGUGGUAAUCGUCCUGCUGAUGUUGAAACAUGGAUUAAAAAAUCAUUGACUGCAUUGCAACUUGAUUAUAUUGAUCUUUAUUUAAUCCAUACUCCAUUUGCAUUUGAAUAUGUGGAAGGUGAUAUGCAUCCACUUGAUGCUGAUGGUAAUAUUAGAUUUGAUAAUACAACAAAUCACAUUGAUGUCUGGAAAGAAAUGGAAAAACAAGUUAUUGCUGGUCGUACACGUGCUAUUGGAUUAUCCAAUUUUAAUAUUCAACAAAUACAACGUAUACUGGAUAAUUCAACAGUACCAGUAUCAAAUUUACAAAUUGAACUUCAUAUUAAUUUUCAACAAAAACAACUUGUUGAAUUUUGUAAAAGCAAAGGCAUUACUGUAACAGCUUAUUGUCCAAUUGGUAAUCCUGGAUUGGCUGUUCGUAUUGGUAAAUCUGAUGUGAUACCAUGUAUUUUGAAAAACCCAGCAGUCAUUGAAAUUGCUGAAAAAUAUAAAAAAACACCAGCACAAAUUGCACUUAAGUUUAUUAUUCAACAUGGCAUUAUUGCAAUACCAAAAAGUACAAAUAUGAAAAGACUAAAAGAAAAUAUUGAUUUGUUUGAUUUUAAUAUUAACAAUGAUGAUUUACAAACAUUAAUAUCACUUGAUUGUGGAGAAGUAGCACGUGUUUGUGAUUUUACUUUUUUCAAGGGACUUAAAAAUCAUCCUGAAUUUCCAUUUUAAAUAUAAUAACAUUCUAAUAAAAAUAUAUUAUUGUUACAGUCUUAAAUUGGUAUUUGGAAAUUAUAUACUUUUACAUAAAUUGAUUUGAUUAUAAAUAAAGAAAAAUA